CCUUCAGACCAGUGAAAAAGAAAAGGAAAGGCUCUCUGCAGAGCUGCAAAGGUUGCAGCGCAUCACAAACAACAUGGAUCAAGUGAAGAAGGAGAACCAGGAAUUAUGUAGGAGGCUGUCAGAGCAGGAAACUGUGCAGAGCGUUUCAGAUGAGCAAAAGAAGUCUCACAAUGUCCAUAGCCAGCUCCAGCUAACAGAAAGGCUGUUGGCUGCUAAAACGGAGGACUUAAAUAGCAACAAGAAACGCGCCGAGAGCCUGCAGCAAGAGCUGCUGCAGGUAACAGAGCUGCUGGAGAACAUAGUGGAGACAAAGAAGGAGAUGACACAAAAAAACAGCAAACUAGAGUACCUGCUUGCAGAUGCACAUGGAGUAAUUGCUGAAAAGGAUGGCGCUCUUGAAGAGAAGGAAAAGCUAGUGAUGAUUGAGAGACAUGAGAAAGAAGAGCUAUGCAGAGAAAACCAGACUCUCAGAAAUGAUAUGGAGGGGUUGCGCAAGAUGGUUCGUGAUCUCCAGACCGCCCAUUCCACCGUGUUCCCACCCACAACGCCUGCUGUCACUCUGAACUCACCACCUGGCUCGGUUUCUGCCACUGAAUUGCACCUUGAGGACACAGAUGAACCAGAGUCUCAGAGGUCUGAGAACUUGUAUGAGGCCUUUGGGAACACGACAGAAAUGGAGGAAGAGCAGUUCUUGGUGUGUCGCCACUGCCAGGAGAGUUUCCCCGGCAUCAGCCAAGAUGAACUGGAGCAGCACGAGCAGAGUCACAGAGUCUGCCCUUUCUGCACACUCAUCUGUGACAGCAUGGAGCAGUCCGUAUUUGAGGAUCACGUCUAUGGGCACGAGCUGUAAAACUGGACCUGGCUAAUUAAAUUUAACUGUAUUUGCGUUUAAUCAUAUGCAUCAAUUGUGGUUUAAUAUUAAUCCUGUAUGAGAGGAAUAAAAUGCACAGGUUGGGUGGUUGUGAAAGGACUGUACUUGGAUAUUUUUACUGACGUACUGCAAAGUGUUAAAAUGUAUUGAGCUUCGAAAGAGUGCUGGCAUAAACAUACAGUGCAUCUGGAAAGUAUUCACGACUUUUUCCACAUUUUGUUAUGUUGCAACCUUAUUCCAAAAUGGAUGGAAUUCAUUUUUUCCCUUAACAUUCUACACACAAUACCCCAUAAUG